ACCGCAUAUUUAUAUGGUUCACUCGAUACAGACAUAUAUAUGAGAAUUCCUGGAGGCUUUAAAAUACCUGAUGCUUAUAGCUCGAAAUCUCGAGAUUUAUUUUCCAUAAAAUUGCAAAAGUCAUUAUAUGGAUUAAAACAAUCUGGACGCAUGUGGUAUAACCGUCUAAGUGAAUAUUUGAUCAAAGAAGGAUACAAAAAUGAUCCUAUCAGUCCAUGUGUUUUCAUUCAGCGAUCUGAAUCAGGAUUCGCCAUAAUUGCAGUAUAUGUUGAUGAUUUGAAUAUAAUCGGAACUCCCAAUGAAAUUGAAAAUACUGCUAAAUAUCUCAUGAAAGAAUUUGAAAUGAAAGACCUUGGGAGAACAAAAUUUUGUCUCGGCAUUCAAAUUGAACAUUUGAGAAAUGGUAUUUUUAUCCACCAAUCAAAUUAUACCGAGAAACUUUUGAAGCGGUUUUACAUGGAAAAAGCUCACCCACUUAAUUCCUCGAUGGUGGUUCGAUCUCUCAAUGUGCAUGAUGAUCCUUUUCGACCUUGUGAAGAUGAUGAAGAAAUCCUUGGUCCCGAAAUACCAUAUUUGAGUGCUAUUGGAGCGUUAAUGUAUUUGGCUAAUAAUACACGACCAGAUAUUGCUUUUUCUGUAAAUUUAUUAGCCAGGCACAGUUCUUCUCCGACAAGAAGACAUUGGAAUGGCGUCAAACAUAUAUUCCGCUAUCUCAAUGGUACAAUCGACCUUGGAUUGCAUUUCAAGAAUGGUGCAAAUGCCACUUUAAUUGGCUAUGCCGAUGCAGGAUACUUGUCUGAUCCACAAAAGGAAAAAUCACAAACAUGAUAUGUAUUCACCUAUGGUGAUACCGCUAUCUCAUGGAGAUCGAUGAAGCAAACAUUAACUGCCACAUCAUCAAAUUAUGCAGAAUUAAUUGCUCUUUAUGAAGCAGGUCGAGAAUGUAUCUGGUUGAGAUCAAUGAUCCAGCGCAUACAAAAUGAAUGCAGUAUGAAAUCUUUUACUUGUAAUCCUGCUGUGAUUUAUGAAGAUAACACCGCAUGUAUAGUUCAGAUCAAAUGAGGUUACAUCAAAGGGGAUAGAACAAAGCAUAUAACACCAAAACUUUUUUUCACACAUGAUCUUGAGAAAGAAGGAACAGUUGAUGUCAAACAAAUCAAGUCCUGCGACAACCCUGCUGAUUUAUUCACAAAGUCAUUGGCACCGAAGAAAUUUGAAGAACUGGUCCACAAAAUUGGAAUGUGUCGUCUUCGUGAUAUAUGUUAAAUUGAGGGGGAGUAAUAUAAUGCACUGCACUCUUUUUCCUUUGUCGGGUAUUUAUCCCACUGAGUUUUUCCUGACAAUGAUUUUUAACGAGACAGUACAUUAUAAUACUAUGAUACUAAUACCCCAGAAUAAUUAGAAGAUUAUCAUUCAAGGGGGGGUGUUGAAAUAAAGUUGAAUUAGUCAUCUUCUAACUAUUCAUGAUUAGGAACACAUUAUCAUCAUUGUUAAUAUAAAUAAGAAAUCAUAAUUAGCCCCUAAUCUAGACAAGAUUAUAUUUUCCCCUAUAAAUAGGAGUAUUCUCCUUCAUUGUAAAGACACCAUUAGAACAUCUCUAAUACAUCUCUAUCACUAAGCGUUCAUACUAUAUUUUCUCUCCCUGAUCUUCUGCUUAUUUCCUUCCAUCUUAUAACACUUACUCAUUUCUAACACCUCUCUUAAUCCUCCACUACAUACAUUUAUGAGUUUAAAUGUUUCAUUUUUAACUUUUUGCUCUUAAAAGUUAAAAUCUCUCCGCUCCAAAUGGUCUAAUAGUUCUAAGCUACGGUUAAAAACUACUCCGUAGUUUUAUUGAGGAUUGCCCGUUACUUUAAAGGACAAUGAUGCACAGGAGAAGUAUACAGUACGUCGCUGGCCCGCACCGUUAAAUUUGCAGAAAAUAUCUUCAUGAUCCAUAUGCAUCAUGCACGACCAUCAUUAAAGUGUAAAUGGACAAUCACGCAAUUCGAUCAUCACAAAAAACAGGGGUUCCUAGUGCAUGUGAAUGGAGGACAAUCACCUGGAAGACUUAGGAGAAGUCCCCGUUCACUUUUUUUCGGCUUAUCAGGUUUAUCAGUCAAUUUUUUCACUGAACACGUAACUUUUGCUUUCGCGGCUGAAUUGUGUAGUAAGCAGAAAAAGUAAGGUUGGAGUUACUUUUCUGGCUGUAUUGGUUGAAGUUACUGUAGAUGAUCAUUUUAGCUAUUUUUACAUAUAAUUUUUUCUUUAUUUUAUUAAUAAAAUAUAUUUAAAAAAUAUUUUUUUCUUAAAUCAGCAGAAUUAGCCAAUGCAGUCAAUUCAACCAGAACUUAAUAAAUUUCAGCAGAAUCAGACAAACCAACUAAUUUGCAAGCUACCAAAUGGGCUCUUAAUCUUAAUUCAAACUUCCUCCAUCUAUAUCAAUUGUUGUUUGACGCAAUUAUUCAUGAAAAAAUAAAAGUUUUGAUUGAGAUUUGAGUAAAAUAAAUACAAUAAAAUAUUAUGGAUCAAAUAUUCCUUACAAAAACAGGAAACUUGACAUUCAUUUUGGGACAACCUAAGAAGAAAAGUAAGACAACCAAAAUGGAAUAUAGGGAGUAUUUGUUAUCGGUUAUUCUUAUUUCAUUUAAAUAAAAACAAAUAGAAUUAAAAAAUUCAAUCGAAGCAUAUAAUAUCAAAACAAAAUCAAUCAAAUAAAAAAGAUUCAGAUCAGAUCUGAAAGAUCCAGAUCAAAUCAUAAAAAUAGAUCCAAAACAUUCAAAUCAGAUCAGAAAUAUUUAAAUCAUAUCAGAAAAGUUCAUGCAUGCAAAUAAAAUAUGAGUUACUCCCUCUGUCCCCCUAUAAUUGUCUCAUUUUUUCAUUUUUGGAUGUCCCAUAUUAUUGUCUCAUACCAUAUCUGGUAACAUUUGUGUGACUCUAAUUCAUUCUUACUUUAUUCUCAUUUUACCAACUCACUAUCAACCACAUAAUUCUACUUUUCUUAAAAAUCACACCACUCUCUUUCGUCCCAAUAUUAAGGGGAUGGAUGUAGUAUUACUUUUAUUACUAUUAUUACUAUUAUUAUGAGAACUAUGUCCCUUAGAUCUUUGCCAAAUCAAAAUUUUAUUCUAAAAUAAUAAUAAUUAUGAUGCUGAUGAUGAUGAUGAUCAUGAUGAUGACGAUGAUCAUGAUGAUGAUCAUGAUAAUGAUAAUAAUCACAAUAAUAAUAAUCAUUAUAAUAAUAAUUAUAAUAUGUAUUCUUGUUCUUUGGAUUUCAAUUUCUCCAGUCAAGUCGGGUAUGUAUUCUUCCCCUUCCCCUUCUCCUCCUCCUCCUUCUCCUCCUCAUCCUCAUCCUUUUUAAUUUUCUGAUACUCUGUUAUCUUGUUCUUUGGAUGUCAAUUUUAUUUAUAAAGCAGGAAUAGUGGCAAAGUUAGUGGAACAUCCAAAAAAAGAAAGUUGUCAAAGUUUUAAGGGACGGAGGGAGUACGUACUAUAAUUGAAAACAAGGAUAAAAGAACAUAAGGUGCUAGUAUUGAAAAGUGUGAUCGAAAGUCACAAAACCAGAGCAGGUGGCAGCUGGGCAUACGUCAUGUGCUGGCCGGAAGCCUGGAACCUCUCAUUCCCGUUGGCCCUCUGCUGGUUCAUCAUCACCGCCACCAACUGUUGGUGAUGGUAGGGGUUACCGGCUGCCGGCAUCUUGGAUCCGACACUACCUCAGAAUUAAUUAGGGCUGGGUUCGGUUUGGGACCUGAACCGGGUUUUUGGGAACCGAAAAAUCGGUUCGGUUUAUUUGGGAACCGAAAUACCGAAAUAGAGAGCCCAAUAAGCCCAACAAAUUUUUAUACUACAAUAUUGACCCAUUAGCAGCAACCAAAAUACGAAAUAUCCGUAUAACGUGACUUCCUAGUCACAAUAUUAAAC